AUGAACGAUCCUUUUUACAUGUGGUUCCUCACGGGCGGCACAGCCCACAACAUACCCGCCAACACCACCCGAGUCAUAGAGAUGGCCCGGGAGCGCAACGACGCCGCCGCCGCGGCCAAAGAAUACGCGACGGCCCUCAAGGGGGCCAAAGCGGAGCUGAAGUCCAGCAAAAAGGAGCUCAAGGCAGGGUUCGAGUCGACCAGCAAGGAGCUCGACGCAGCUCACAAGGCCGAGUGGGGGAGCAAGCCCAAGGACAAGCGUAAAUGGCUCAAUGCCCGGCGUCAACAACAACAGCAGCAGCAGCAGCAGCAGCAGCAGCAGCAAAUGGAUAUCGAUAUCACCGCCGAGGCGGCGGUGGCGCAGGAAAGUCGGCUGCUGUCCCGGGAGCCUCCAGCAACAGCAGCAACAACAUCAGCUGAUGACGGCACCGUCCCGGAGGUGCCUUCAGCCGUAGAUCAGAGAGCGGCAGAACAGGCACGUCUAGACAUGCGGCUGAGCGAGCUUUAUGAGCGCGCCACCCAGGCCAUGGCAGAUUUGCGUGCCAUCCUUGACUCUCCAGAAAUUGUCCAGAGAGGUACCCAAGCAAGUGCCUGACUGAAGCCUCUACCGCGACGGGGGAAAGAUUGCUUCAGGGCCUUGUCUCGGUAACGUCUCCUGAGCAACCGCUAAUGAGCAUGCUCACAAAGGCUGGUUGAUCGCCCCGACUGAAUUGUCCAGGCAACGUACAACAAAUAUCAAAGAAGAAACACCUCUCCGCUACUUGCCGGCUCGUCCAUUUCCACCUCUUCACUAGCAUGUCAACUUCUUGGGACGAUCACGACAAGCAUAUUGAGCUUCUAUGCACGAAACCCAGACAGAGCUAGCACCAAGGGCUGAUUACCCGACAUCAACCGGUGCUGUCACGAUGGUAAAGUAGAUUAGGACAAGACGUUAAGAACAGUGGCAAUUUUCAGAAGUGUACCCUUUUCUCCAUAGAACCCAACCAUGCGCCCAAAAAUCAUUAAACGAGACGCCCAUCAGAACUUAGACCAACACAUCCAGCGACCAGUAUAUACACACAACCUCCU